UCUGCUUACUGCGUCACCAAGUUGAUAAUUUUAUCUCGCAAAGAUGAAGAUAUCUAAUGAUCUUCUUUAUUACAAAAUAUAUUGUUAGUUUAAAGAUUAUGGCUUGACGAUUGCUCCCUAUUCAAUUUUGAAAUAACACUGCAUUAUAAGUAUUAUAACGCAAACGAAAAAUAUUUCAGAAACGAUGGCCGACGCACAAAAUAAAGAAGGUUUUGAAAUCACUCUUAAUUACGAUUUAGAUUCGGCGCCAGUUACCAGAAGUGGAGGAGCUAGCAGCAGCAAUUCUGUUCCAGGAGAGGGUGAAAUGAAAUUAGAGCCUUCUAGUCCAACUGAACGGUAUGCCUUUUCCCGCUGUAGUAGUACCGGAUCUAUUAAUACACCAUCUUCUUCAGCACACAAUACUGAGAAGCAACCCGCUGGGCGCCGACUGAAAAUCACUCUGAAAAUGCAUCAGAUAACAGCAAUGUUACACUCUCUGGCAUUUUAUUGCAUGUUGUACGUGACGUCGUUACAUACUUGUGCCAUGUAAUGAGCUCCGUGGGAUGUU